AUGGGCGGCUCGCACUCGGCGCCCGCAGCCGCCGCCGCGGCCGGCCUGGGCCCCCUGCUCGCCGCCCCCGCCCCCGCUCCCGCCGAGGCGUCCGGCGCCUGCCACGCGCUGCUCGCCCCCGCGCAGCUGGCCUCACCGCCGCCCCCGGCCGCCGCCCCCGUCACGGUGCCAGCUACGACGGCCCCGGCGCCGCCCUGCACGCCGACCACGUCUCCCGCCGCGACCCCGUGCAAGAGCGCGGCAGUGCGGCCGAAAGACCUCAACGUAUCGGCCAGGUACCAGCGGCCGACGCCGGCCAGGGGCGGCGGCUCGCUGCCGACGCCGCCCACGUCGCCCAUCUCGCCCGCGUCGCCGCCCCCGCCGCCCUUUGGAAGCGGCGCCACUUCGACACCGUUCAGCUCCGCAGGCAGCAGCAGCCGCAGGAGCUUCCGGUCGCUGCUCAGGUCGCGCUCGGCCACGCAGGCGGUGAUGCAGGGCGAGCCGCGGCCGUCGGACGUGGCUCCCGGCGGCGAGCUGCUGUCGGAGGACAUGGUGGAGCUGACGGUGGAGGGCGGCGGCGCGCGCUACUACAACCUCACCGUGCCGCCGGCCGGCCGCCGCAGGCACUCCAUCGGCGCCUUCCUCGCCAGGGACCGCGACGCCAGGGCGCGCGCCGCCGCGCUCAAGGUGUCGGCGGCUGCGUCGGCCGUGUCCGCGGACGAGGAGGCCGCCUCCGCCGCCGCCGCCGCCGCCGCCUCCGCCUCCAGCGGGGGCCGCACGCACCGCGCCGGCUCCAGCUCCAGCCAGGGCUCGGGACAACACUGCCGCUCGUCGCACGCCCGCCGCAGGUGCGCCAAGUGCUCCUCCGAAUUUAUCAUUGUUAAAUCAAUGGCAACUCAGACGCUGGCCGAAUACAUCGUUUACAGCGAACUUCUAAAGAAACUGUUAUGCUUACGUCAAGUUUCAGGUUAA